AUGAAGCAGAAGAUGAAGCUUAAAGCAGUGAAUGCGAAAGAACAGGAGAUCGAAUUUAUAUUGUGGGAUAGUGGUGACCACAUCUCAUCAACACUUUUUAAUGCAUUGGAGGAGUCCAGGAUUUCGGUAGUUGUUUUCUCGGAGGAAUUUGCACUCUCAACUUGGUGUCUGGAAGAACUUGACAAAAUUCUCGAGUGUAGAAAGAUGAAAAAUCAGAUAGUUUUACCAAUCUUCUACAACGUGGACCCGUCCGAUGUAAGGAAAGAGAAACGUGCGUUUGGCGAUGCCAUGGCUCGUCAUGAAAAAAGAUUCCCAAGGGAAAAGGUCCAGAAAUGGAGGUCAGCUUUGCACGAAGUCGCAAACAUAUCGGGAUGGUCUUUCGAUAGCUGCAAAUAUGAGUAUGAGCUUAUCCAAAAGGUCGUGGAAGAUGUCACAUAUCGCUUGCCCCGCUACAAUGUUUACCUUAGUUUCAGGGAGAAAGAUACUGGCUACUCUUUUACAGGUUUUCUCUAUGACACUUUGCAUCGACAGGGAUUCAGAACCAUCAUGAAAGAUAAAGGAUUUGAGAGUGCUGAUGAAGACCGAAUUUCAGAAUCUCUUGUUACAGCAAUUGAAAAUUCAAGGCUUUCGAUUGUUGUUUUGUCUGAAAAUUAUGCAUAUUCUUCUUCAUGUCUAGAUGAACUUGCUAUGAUUCUUGACCGUGUGAAGGACCAAAACCAUAUGGUUUGGCCUAUUUUCUAUAAGUUGGAGCCAUCAGAGGUAAGACAUCAAAGAAAUAGUUAUGACAAAGCCAUGACUGAACAUGAAAAUAAAUUUGGAAAAGACUCUGAGAAGGUACAAAAAUGGAGGUCAGCCUUGUUUGAAGUCGCCAACUUAAAAGGAUGGCAUCUAAAAUCCAGGUACGAAUAUGAGGCUAUUGAAAAAAUUGUGAAUGCAGCCAUAAAGUUUUGCUCAAGUGCCAACUAGAAUCAUGAAGAAUAUUUGGGGAGCUUCUCUUACCCUAAAUUGUCGUCGAACUCGAAGCCAGAACUAAUUAAUUUCAUAGGUGGUCACUGUCUCAAAAAUUCAAAGUGAUUGUACUGAAAAUUUGUUUUGUAAUUGUAAGUGUGUGGUGUGCUUGAAUUAAACACAAUUUCUAGAUAAGGUGUAGCAAUAAGUCCUGAGGGAGCGAGCAAGAGUGAGGAGAACUUGGACAGAGAUUGCAGAGGAGACAAAGAGAGGUUGAGCAGUGAAGAUCUUUCUCUUGCUUCUGUAAAAUGAUGUUAGCUACUAGGAUCGGUUUGCUUGAUUAUUGUUAUAUGAGGAGUUAAAUUCCCUCUCUUCAGAUUGCUAUAUAUGAUAAGAUGUGAAUCUGAUUUAUUAUUUA